AGAUCAUUGGGCCAACGUUGCUUGGGUAAUGGCCAAAGGAGCUAAAGGAAGUGAGAGAGUGCGAGGACCAGCAAAAGUUUUGCCCAAGCAGGGCGAAGUCAAAAGCAGACCUCUCCUUGUCGUCUCGGCAGUAGUGGCCUCCUUGGCCAUAGCAGUCGCCUGCACCCAUCUCUUCGUUUCUAGCCCCAUAAAUGCCGUCGCCUACCAACUGCCCACACCCCCCGCUUUCGAAGGCGAACUAGCCCCAAAUGGCAGGUUGUCAAAGGCCGAGCUAAUCCUAGAUGAUCAAGUUUAUGGGCCUGAGUGUAUCGCCAUUGAUCGCAAAAGCGACAAGCUGUACACAGGUCUGAGGACUGGUCUCAUCUGUGAGAUUGAUUAUAAGGAAAAGCAGCCAAAAAUCCUUCGGGCUGUUCGGCUCACCUCACUAGAAGGAUGUGACGGAUCAUACAAAUCUAUGGUUAAGUGCGGUCGACCUUUGGGAAUGAGGCUACAUCCAAAAACAAAUGAGCUAUAUGUAUUGGAUGCUUACUUGGGACUAUAUGUGAUCAACUGGAAGACAGAAAAAGUUCGACAACUUUUCGCUGGUGCAGUAUCGAUUACCGAUGAUGACACAGCCAUACCGACUAGGUACCUUAAUGAUUUCGACUUUUUGCCAGAUGGGCGGAUUGUGAUUACGGAGGCCAGCACUAAGUUUGAUGAUAGAGAUUUUAUCUAUGAAUUGCUAGAACAUCGGCCGAAUGGAAGGCUGCUUGUAUUCAAUCCUGCGAAUGAUCAUCUGUCUAUUCUAUCAGACAGGCUUUACUUCCCAAAUGGAGUCGAAGUUGUACGUGGAAAGAUUUUUGUUGCAGAAAUGGGCAUGUCUAGGAUACUCAAGUAUUCCCCAUCUUCCAAAACCGUUGACGUGCUUAUCGACAAUCUUCCUGGAUACCCGGAUAACAUUCGGCAAGCAAAUGAUGGGAAAUUAUGGGUGCCAUUAGCAGCAUUACGUUCGGAUGGGGACAACUGGCUUGCGGCCAGACCAACACUAAGAAACUUGUUGACAAAGCUGCUUUCGCCUCAAGCUGUCAAUGCUAUUGCCGAAUGGAUUUCGAGCAAAUAUGGACUAGUGCUAAAGGUUGAUGUGGAAACAGGAAAAAUCACCGAGUCUCUUCAUGAUCCUGAAGGACGUGUUGCUGACAUCACCACAGCCAUAGAAGAUGGACAUGGGAAUCUACUCCUUGGAAGUGAUGCAAACUACUACCUGGCUAAGCUCAAACUAUGAUCUGUCUUUCUACAUAAAUCACGUGUGAUCUCAUGUUCUCAUAUACGAUAUAAUGAAGCUGCAUAUUUUACUGUG